AAUCACAAUAUAUUUAUAAUAUGUAAACACAUUUAUAAUUCGGUCUAUAGAAUAAAUAAAGCACGUAAGUAAAAAUUUCUGACAAAAAAUUUGUAAUAAAGGCGUUUAUAGCUCCAUUAAUGCUAAAAUAUGUAUACUGAAUCGUAAAAAUUAAUUAUACCUGAUUAUACAUAAAUGGACGUAGCAGAUACCUAAUUUAUCGACAUAGAAGAUUCAAAUUUCUACCUGCAAACUUACAAUGUAGCUCAAAUUCAUUGUCGGAGCCGCAGUUUCACGUGUUUAUUUAUUUUGUGAGUUACGUUGUUACGUUAUGGAUUAAUGCUGUGCAGUCGUAAUUUAAUUUUGUUAUACUUAAUUCUGUAAAGAGAGUAAUGAAAUAUUUUCAGAAUUAAUGUUUGUAAAUUUCUGACAUAAACUUAAUAUUGUUUUAAAACAUCAUUUUCUACAGAAUUACGAUCAAACACUAAUAUUAUAAUUGGUUCUGUUUAUAUUUAAUUUCUUCUUAAUUUUAUUAUUUUUCAUUAUCUAAAACCUUGACGUAGUUUAAAAAUAUUUUUGGUUUGUAUUGAACCAAGUAAUUUAUAACUAUGAACGAUGAACAAAUUGUUUUGACAUUACCUGCUACACAAAGUGUGGAUGCAGUAUAUUUGACUCCACUAGAAUCAUCACAAGAGAAAACCACGAAACCUGUAUGGGGCAGAUUAUGUCCUAUCAAAUUACCUUUUAAGACAAUGGAAAUGACCAAAGAUGUUUAUACUCUUGGUCGAGCAGAAUCCUGUGAUAUUUGUGUUACUAGCAAUGAAUUAAAACCAAAAUGGCUUAGCGUAAUGAGUAAGAUACACUUUAAAAUAACUAGAGAAUAUAUUGGUAAUGGUAAUGAUGCCAUAGUAUAUUUAGAAGACUUAAGCCAAAAUGGAACUUUUGUUAAUAAAAAGAAAAUAGGCCGUGGGAAUAAGAUAAUACUCGAAAGUAACGAUAUAAUAUCUUUAGCACAACCUAUAGUCACUGUUUAUAUAUUCAUGAGUACAACAGCAUGUGAAAGCAACAAUCUUCCUCCAGAACUCAAAGAUAAAUAUACAAUGUCAUAUAAAUUAGGAUCUGGGGCAUGUGGAGAAGUGAAUAUGGUAUUUCAUAAAAUAGGUUGCCAAAAAUUUGCUAUGAAAACUAUUAUGAAAAUUGGUAAUACAACAAAUGGACAAAAACAUCCGUUAAAUGAUCCUGAGAAAAUUAUGAAUGAAGUUAAAAUAUUAAAAGCCUUGAAACAUCCUUGCAUAAUUCGAAUGGUAGAAAUUGUAGAUACCCCAAAAGCAGUAUACAUAGUUUUGGAAUUAAUGGAAGGUGGUGAACUUUUUGAAAGAAUAAGAAGCAGGGGAAGAUUAUCAGAAAAACAUGCAAAAUUGAUUUUUUAUCAAGUUGUAUUAGCUGUUAGUUAUCUACAUGAUUGUGGUAUAACUCAUAGAGAUUUGAAGCCAGAAAACAUAUUAUUAGCUAACAAUUCAGAUGUUACAUUAGCAAAAGUAUCAGACUUUGGUUUAUCAAAGUUGGUUGAUGCACAAACUAUGAUGAAGACAUUUUGUGGGACCCCUAUGUAUGUUGCACCUGAGAUAUUGUCUACUAUUGGACGUGGUUCUUACACGAAUCAAGUUGAUGUAUGGAGUUUGGGAGUAAUAUUGUAUGCUUGUUUAAGUGGUUCAGUACCUUUUAAUUGUUACGACAAGAAUAUGAGUUUGCAAGAUCAAAUAAAGUGUGGACGUUAUGGUUUUCCUCCUUCCAAAUUUAGACAUAUAACAAACAAAGCUAUAGAUCUGAUUAAGAGUAUGAUGACAGUAAAUCCGAGAAAAAGGAUUACAAUCAAACAAGUUCUAUUACAUCCUUGGUUACAAGAUCGUGAACUUCGAGAAACUGUUGAUACCUUAUUAUCGAAAGAAAAUGACGAAAACAUAGCGCCGCAAAGUAUUUCCACUAACACUCAAUACAAGAAUGAACAGCAUCAAAAUUUAAUUAAAAGAGCGAGGUUGCAUCUAUAAUUAUGUUACUUCCCUCUAGUUCUAGAUAAUAUCAUUAUUUCAAAAAUCAUUGAUCUCUAAUCUAUUUGUUCUAUUUAUUAUUUAUCAUAUAAAUUGACUAAUUAGUCGAUAAAAGUUAGUCCACAUUUAUACAUAACAUGAAAGACCAACAUCAAUUAUUUUCAUUAGGUUAAUAAAGAAGAUCAAAUUAAAA